AUGAUCGCCAGAAGUGCUCGUGUCGUUGCCGCGAGAGGUUUGCAGAUCGCCAGUGGACGACAGUUUUCCACAUCUCUGCUACGAAUGGCUGCUAUCAGAAAGGAGCGUGAUACUUUCGGAGAACUUGAAGUUCCAGCCGAUAAGUAUUAUGGAGCUCAAACCGCCAGAUCGAAAAUGAACUUCAAAAUUGGAGGAAUCGAAGAGCGUAUGCCAAUUCCAGUCAUCCAUGCUUUCGGAAUCCUUAAGAAGGCUGCUGCUCAGGUCAACACCGAAUUCGGACUUGACAAGAAGCUCGCCGAUGCUAUCUCUCAAGCUGCUGACGAGGUUAUCGCGGGAAAACUCGACGAUCAUUUCCCACUUGUCACAUGGCAGACUGGAUCCGGAACUCAAUCGAACAUGAAUGUCAACGAGGUUAUCUCCAACCGAGCCAUUGAGAUUCUUGGUGGAGAAUUGGGAUCGAAGAAGCCAGUUCAUCCAAAUGACCACGUCAAUAUGUCGCAAUCAUCGAACGAUACUUUCCCAACUGCCAUGCACAUCGCUGUCGGAAGAGAGAUCAACUCUUUGUUGUUGCCAGCAUUGAAGAAACUUCGCGCUUCUCUUCAUGCUAAAGCUGAGGAGUUCAAGGAUAUCAUCAAGAUUGGACGUACCCACACUCAGGAUGCUGUUCCAUUGACUCUUGGACAAGAGUUCUCUGCUUACGUUCAGCAGCUCGACAACUCGAUUGCUCGAGUUGAGGCUGUUCUUCCGCGACUUUAUCAAUUGGCUGCUGGAGGAACCGCCGUCGGAACUGGACUCAACACCCGCAAGGGAUUUGCCGAGAAGGUUGCCGCCAAAGUCUCCGAAAUCACUGGGCUUCCAUUCGUCACUGCUCCAAACAAGUUUGAGGCUCUUGCUGCGCAUGAUGCACUUGUUGAAGUUCAUGGUGCUCUCAACACCAUCGCGGUUUCGUUCAUGAAAAUUGCAAAUGACAUUCGUUUCCUCGGAUCUGGACCGAGAUGCGGACUUGGAGAGCUCUCGCUCCCAGAGAACGAGCCAGGAAGUUCGAUCAUGCCAGGAAAGGUCAACCCAACCCAAUGCGAAGCAAUCACGAUGGUUGCUGCCCAAGUUAUGGGUAACCAGGUUGCCGUUACUGUUGGAGGAUCGAACGGACACUUUGAAUUGAACGUCUUCAAACCAUUGAUUGUCAGAAAUGUUCUUCAAUCGACGAGAUUGCUCGCUGAUUCGGCUGUUUCAUUUACCGACCACUGUGUUGACGGAAUUGUUGCCAACAAGGACAACAUUGCAAAGAUUAUGCGCGAAUCAUUGAUGUUGGUUACUGCUCUCAACCCACAUAUCGGAUACGAUAAUGCUGCCAAGAUUGCCAAGACGGCUCACAAGAACGGAACGACCUUGAAGGAAGAGGCGAUUAAGCUCGGCAUUCUCACUGAGGAGCAAUUUAACCAAUGGGUGAAACCAGAAAACAUGCUUGGACCCAAGUAA